ACAAGUGGAAGAGUCAGCGUGAUCUCGUCACAUUGUCUUCCCAUCUCAAAUUUAUACGUAGCUUUGACAGCAUCAAUGUGUGAAUACCAUGAGGGUACUGGCAGCAAUUGAGAAGAAGCUCCUUAUGAGAUUUAUUGAAAAAAUCAGUGUCAGGGAAAGUGUAAGAUUGUCAAGCAAGAGACUGACCCAUGGAACAGCAGCAGUUUCCAGUGCUACAAAUGUCUGUUACACAUCACCAGAUGGCCCUCUCUCCGGCAUCAGGAUCAUUGACCUUACACGAGUCCUUGCCGGUCCGUUUGCCACAAUGGUUCUCAGCGACCUCGGAGCAGAAGUCAUUAAAAUAGAACAUCCACAGAAGGGAGAUGAGACAAGAAGUUGGGGCCCUCCAUUUGCUGGCACGGAAAGCUGUUAUUUCCUCAGUGUGAAUCGCAAUAAGCAAAGUAUUGCCGUUGACUUGAAAAAGGCUGAAGGUUUGUCUGUUAUACAUGAUCUUGCCAAGCAGAGUGAUGUAUUAAUAGAAAAUUUCAUUCCUGGAGCCUUGGACCGUAUCGGCUUGGGUUAUGAUGCACUCAAGACCAUCGCCCCACAGCUCAUAUACUGUAGCAUCAGUGGCUAUGGUCCCUCAGGGCCAUACCACAAGAGACCAGGUUAUGAUGUUAUUGCAGCUUCAGUAGGUGGUCUUGUCGGAGUGACAGGUCCUGAAGAUGGGGAGCCAUGCAAGGUGGGAGUUGCCAUGACUGAUUUGGCAACAGGUCUGUAUGCUCAUGGUGCUAUUAUGGCAGCCCUGCUUGACAGACAAAGAACAGGAAAUGGACAGAAGAUUGAUUGCAAUCUUUUGUCUACACAGAUUUCUUGCAUGGUAAACCUGGCAUCAAAUUACUUGAAUGGGGACAGAGAGGCAAAGAGAUGGGGGACAGCACAUGAAAGCAUUGUUCCUUACCAGGCUUUCCCAACUAGUGAUGGCUACCUCACCAUUGGUUCUGGCAACAACGACCAGUUUGCUGCUCUAUGUAAAGUCUUGGAUCUAACAAACUUAUUGCAUGACGAUCGGUAUGCCACAAAUGCACUAAGAGUCAAGAAUCGAGAAGACCUUCUAGCUACACUGAAAGAGCGGUUUCAGCAGAAAACAACAAAGGAGUGGCUGAUUGUCCUGGAGGGGGCACCCUUCCCGUAUGGCCCGAUAAACACUAUUGCCCAGGCUUUUUCUGACCCCCAAGUUAUCCACAAUGAGAUGGUAAAAACAGUUCACCAUCCAACUGUAGGUCCGAUAAAACAGGUUGCCCCACCUGUGUCAUACAGCUCAUCACACAAUAAGAUCAGGUCAGCUCCACCAGUCUUGGGGCAACAUACAAAAUACGUAUUAUCAGAAAUUAUAGGGUAUUCAGAUUGUAAGAUCAAACAGCUGAUAGAACAAGGCGCUGUAGCAAGUUCUAAAGAUUUUGAAGAUAGUUGAUAAUUAUUCUGUUAUUACUGUCUCUUGUUCAUUCUGUGAUUAAGUGUGGGUAUGUUUAUGUAUGUAUAUGCUAAAUGUUAUGUUUCAGUGUAUUGUUACUACUGUAUGUCUUUAAUCGGCACAUACUACUGUAAUAUUUUAUUAUUACUAUAAAAUUUGCCAAUCAUAUAUAUGUAUAUGCUUAUGUGUUAUAUUUUGAAUAGGUAUAUUUAUAUUGAUGAUUAUAUGUAGAUUUUUAUAUUUUUCUACAUUGUGUAUUGAAGUACCUCAGAUAAUUUGAGAAAAAAAUGGUGCUACACUGGUAUUGAAUAUUAACAGUAGUGCAGUGUCUCUUUUAGCAUGUAUUUUUUAGGAUCAUGGGGUUGUGUGUAAAAUUGAUAAUUUCCUUUAUGCUUUUAGGAAUUAAUGGAUUGCAGUGUUUUGCAUUAAUUUUUAGUUAAUUCAAACCUAUCUUUUAUGUUAAAUAUUGAAUUAUUUUAAAUGAUUUUGUUAACUUUUAUAUCAGUUUAUUGUAUGUUAAAUAUAAUAAUAGAUGGUGUU